AUGUUUAUCUUCAAAGAUUUAAUUGGACAUCAGACUGCUUCAGUAGCACGAACAAAAGCUGAAGUUCAGAAGAAAUGUCAUCGGCAAAAGUCUUUUUGGAAAUUUGCUAAACGGUUGAUGAAUUUUGAUAGAGGUCGGAAAUCCGCUAAAUCUGCUACAGUAGCAUCGACGACUUCAUUGGUAGCUGCAAAAACUGUAAAGUUCUGUAGCACUAGUACGGAACCGGAGGUUAUACAGCAUUUGCACGCUCCGGUGCUCCUAUCUGUAUUUGAAUAUCUUCCUCUGCUCGAUCGUAUUAGAUUACGUAUGGCUUGUAAAUUGACGGAUUUUUUGUACGGUUCAAUUCCAAUAUCGUUAUCGCCGCUAAAGAUACAAACUUUGAACGAGAAUGAACUUUGCGUAUUUGCAGAAAACCCAGAUUUUAUUGUUAAUUACUUAAUUCCUGAAAUGUCACACUUAGAGAUCAAAUAUGAGAACGAUUGUAUAAUAAUGAAAAAUUGGCAAGGUCAAUUGUUGGUACAACGUAUCGCUCAACGCGUAGACAAAAUUGAACAUCUCUGGUUAGAAACUUCAAUCAAUGGUUUGUUGUGUACCACACUAUUAAAUGAAUUAGAAAGUGAGUAUGGACGCAGUUGCCAUAGAAGACGGAGACUGUCGUUGCAGAAACUUACAGUUAUUGGAAGCAAAACGAAUGCGAUGCCCGCGAUCUCUGACUUUAUUGAGCAGUUUUCAUCAACGUUAGAGCAGCUGCGUCUGCGUCAUAUGCGGAUGGAGUCAAAGGAAUUUAGUCAGGAGUUCUGGGCAUCUGUCAGUAAAUGCGCCAAGCUUUGCCAGUUUCAGUAUGAAACUUGUAGAUACGAUAAGUAUUCGCAUAACUUUAUUGCUAGUGCAUUACAGGAUAAGGAAAUCAAGACUCUGGAACUGAGCGGCAUUUACGAACUUACUUCAGCAGAGCUGUCAUCAAUGACUCGUGGACGGCCGAUGAAGAAUUUGUCAGUGCUUUGUCCAAAAAUCAAAGUAUCAUCGUACUUAAUUGACGGAAUUGUUGAGUGUGUGGAGCAUGUUGACACACUUCUCUUUCGAUGUGCAACCUCAUUUGCAUUGGACGACAACGAUGAACGUAAAAGUUUGGAAUGUGUCUUGAAGAAGAUGAAAGAAGAUGCCAGAUUGGAGGUGCUUCAUGACGUGAACAAUCGUGUAGCUCAAGCAGCUCGAACAAUCAGCUAUUGGUUGCAACUUUCCAAGGAGACGAAUCGUACAAUAAUGCUGAAAUUGUCGGAUAUAAGCCAAGAAAAAAUUGACCAGGCAAUUGGAAGAAUUAUAAGGAAAUGUAAUAACGUUUACAAGGCAGCCAGCAAUUGUGCUGCGUUAGUUCUGAGUCGAGGCACUGGUCGAGUCUAUCUACUUGACAAUCACACUUGGUUUGGUGAAGAUGAUGAAGAGAUGUAA